AUGAAAACUGCAAUAAUUUUCCUGGCUCUCAUCGCUGGCAUCUCUGCCCAAUUCAGUGCAACUGCUCAACAACAAAUCGUUGAUGCACACAACAAACUGAGAUCUUCUAUUGCAAAAGGAACUUAUGUGGCGAAAGGAACCAAGGAACCGGCAGGAGCUGAUAUUUUGAAAAUGAAAUGGGAUUCCUCGAUCGGAACUUCCGCCCAGAACUACGCAAACACCUGUCCAACUGGCCAUUCUGGAGCCGCUGGACUCGGAGAGAAUAUCUUCUGGAGCUGGACCAGCGGACAGUUUGGAGCCCUCGACCCAUAUGGAGUAACUGCAUCCAACUCCUGGGAGAAGGAGUUCCAAGACUAUGGAUGGACUUCCAACACUCUUGACGUGACCACUUUCAACACAGGAAUUGGACAUGCUACCCAGAUGGCAUGGUCGCAGACCGGAGCCCUCGGAUGUGGAAUCAAGAUGUGCGGACCAGACCCAUCGGUCAAGAACUAUAACCGACUUGUCGUAGUCUGCCAGUACAAGAAUCAAGGAAACGUGCUGAAUAGGCCAAUCUACAAAAAAGGAGCCACUUGCUCUGCCUGCCCAUCACCAACCAAGUGCGAGACCAGCUCCGGACUUUGUGUCUAA